AUGCCUCCCUCCAUUCCACCAAUCCGCUCAAUUUCAUAUGCUGAGGAUGAUGCCGAUUCCGAGCAUACCUCAAUCUCCCAUACUGCCCCUCCAUCACCAACGGAAUACCGACGCCGAUACUACCUGUCCGAUGAACACACGAAUUAUGAAUCCCUCGACACCCGUAUGGAGGUCAAUGAAACAACCAGCUUAUUAGGCCCUCCACCUGGCCAGUCCGACUUUACUCAACGACGAGCACCACGUCGCUCAUACACAAGUACUUCGGGAAUCUCUGGAAACGUGUUACCGGAUAUAGUGAAGAAACUGCGAAAGUCAGGAAGUCAGCGACUCCCUCGUAAUCACAGUCGAGCAAACUCCCAAGCCAAGCAGUUUAGCCGUCGUGGCAGUUUCACCGAUGCUGACCGACAGACCAGCAGGCCUCCAUCUGCAAAGGACGGUCUCACCGCUUCUCAGUUUCUGGACGAGCGGUCAUGGUACGAUCAAUUUACUUCGACCGAUUGGGUGCAUGAUAGCAUUGCCGACGGAGCACGACUUCGCCAGUUGCGGAGCCGAAAGGAUCUUCGAGGUCGAUUGUUGGCCUCCUUUGACGGUGCACAAGGAUGGAUUCUAGUGGCCGUGAUUGGAUGUAUCACUGCGUCCAUUGCCUACUUCGUGGAUGUGACCGAGACAAUAGUCUUCGAUGCCAAGAUGGGCUUCUGCUCUACGCGUUGGUUCGCCAGUAAAGAAAAAUGUUGUAAAGAUAUUCCGAACUGCGACCGAUGGCAUUCUUGGUCGCGCAUCUUCAGUUCGGACAGACCGAAGUGCCCUCCUCUAUUUCAUUUACCACUCUCGAUGAAAACCUGGCUGCAAAUCCCUCGCGCUCCCGAAGUUCCAAACCCAACGGAGCCGACAACAAACCUUCAGGGGGGGCUCCUGUCCCCUGCUUCGCUGACGAGCCCUUCUAGCCAUCAUGGCUCACUUCCAAACGUCCCCAAUCGCCCGGCUAAAGUCUAUUAUCCUGCUGCUGGUAGUGGAGUUGCCGAGGUCAAGGUCAUCAACAGUGGAUUUGUGCUCCACGGAUAUCUAGGUCUCAAGACUCUAGUUGUCAAGACCAUUGGUUUGAUCUUCAGUAUUUCCUCCGGUCUCAGUCUGGGUAAGGAGGGCCCAUACGUUCACAUCGCUACCUGUGUGGGUAACAUCUCCUGUCGACUGUUUGCCAAGUACCAACAUAAUGAUGGCAAGAGACGAGAGGUUCUCAGUGCAGCUGCUGCUAGUGGUGUGGCUGUUGCCUUCGGUGCCCCAAUUGGUGGUGUACUAUUCAGCUUAGAGGAAGUCAGCUAUUACUUUCCUCCGAAGACACUUUUCCGAACAUUCUUCUGCUGCAUUGUGGCGGCCAUGUCUUUGAAGUUCCUCAACCCGUAUGGAACAGGAAAGAUUGUCCUGUUUGAAGUUCGCUACCUUAGCGACUGGGAAAUUUUUGAGCUUUUCAUAUUCAUCGGCCUCGGCGUUCUUGGGGGCGCGAUUGGUGCGGGUUUUAUAAAAGCGUCCAACCUCUGGGCGUGCUCAUUCCGACGAAUUCCAAUCAUCAAGCGUUUCCCGAUGCUGGAAGUUUUCCUCGUUGCCCUCUUGACUGGCGUAGUCAGCUUCUGGAAUCGAUAUACUAAGAUACCUGUCAGUGAGCUCUUGUUAGAGCUCGCCAGUCCCUGUGACCGAACCUCCGAGACUCCCACAGGACUGUGCCCGCUUGAGGAGAAUAUCCCAGAAAUUAUUCAUUACCUUCUCGCUGCAUUCAUCAUCAAGAGCUUCCUGACUAUUGUCACCUUUGGAAUCAAAGUGCCAGCCGGUAUCUAUGUUCCAUCCAUGGUGGUGGGUGGUCUCAUGGGUCGAAUUGUGGGACAUGUGGUUCAGUACUGGGUGGCCAAGAAUCCUACAUUCUUCCUCUUCAAUUCGUGCCCGAAUGCUGCCGGCCUGGAGUCCUGCGUAACACCAGGAGUCUAUGCACUAGCCGCCGCAGGAGCCACUAUGUGUGGUGUCACACGGUUGUCGGUGACCUUGCCCGUUAUCUUAUUCGAGCUCACGGGAAGUCUCAACUAUGUGCUCCCUUUCUCUCUCGCAGUGCUUUGUGCCAAGUGGACCGCUGAUGCGAUUGAGCCCCGUAGCAUCUAUGAUCUUUUGACCGAUAUGAACUCCUACCCAUUCCUGGACAACAAGCUCAAACCACUUUCCGACGCUGAGCUCGGUGACAUCUAUCGUCCGUUCCGUAAGGACCGCGUCAUCGACAUUUCUAACUCACCCCUCAUCGCUGCAACCGAACUUCGUGUGAAAUUGGAAGCACUGCUGAUGGCAGGAGAGCUUGACGGCGGUCUUCCAAUUUUACGGAAUGGUUCUCUGGCCGGAUUGAUUCCAGUCCCAGAUCUGGAAUUUGGCCUAGAUAACCUUCUUAGUAAUGAAGACAACACACUUUGUCUCAUGUCGAUGAGUGCCUCGAUUGCCAUUUACGACAGUGAUCACGAAGAUCUAAUUCAUCAAGAUUUUACCACCUAUAUUGACCCUUCUCCGGUCUCCCUGGAUGUCCAUUCCCCUAUUGAUCUUGUUUACCAAUGCUUCGCCAAGCUUGGUCUUCGAUAUAUAUGUGUAUUGCGGGAUGGGCAAUACGCUGGUCUUCUCCACAAGAAGAAUUUUGUCAAAUAUAUGAAAGAGCUUGAGUAA